CUUCUGAGUGCAGCCGAAGUUCAGGAACGCUUUCCGGGCUGGUGUGCAGAUGCUAUGACCGCCAUCCUAGGAUGUCUGCGCCGACUGGCCGACCAAAUAGAGAACUCUGUGCCUCCGCUAUCAACUCUUCAGGAAAAAGAGGAGCGAAGCUUCUGGUUCUCGGGAAUCACCAUUGACCCGGUUGUCUCACAGCGUCAGUUAUCUCCGUCUAUUUUUAUUAUCUCUUUAUCUCUCUUCCUGCCACAUGGUUCGUAG